AUGGCAGAAGGGGCAAGAAAGCUGUUUCCGGUGAAGCAAUUGACCGACGCAGUCGGAGUGGUAGACGUGACGACACCUGCUGAGCUGACAAACAACGUCAUCGAGAUGGUAAUCGACAGAGCAUAUGAAGCACAUCUCUUCCACGGAUCUCUGUCGUCUGUCCAGCAGCUCUUCGAACCUGAUAACCGGAAGAUCGACGAGAGUUGGGUAUGGAACGGAGGACAAGGGGUCGGUUUUAUAAGGAAAUGUGGGUCCGCUGGCACUGUGCCUGUGCCGGCGUAUCCAGCGGCGUCGUUUAGAGUGAGGAGAUCCAUAUUGCCUGGAGUCCGAAGAUGGUGUUCCGUUGUCGGAGGCCACGAAACUGUGGUUGGAAUCAUGGCGGAUUAUGGCGGCGCAUUAUCCUCAGACGAUGUGGGCCAGUUUUCUAGUUGCAAAUUAGCGUAA